AUGUCGAUUCACUCAUUCACGGCAAAGAAGUCGGCGAAGAAAGAAUGGAAUAAUAGUGCAUUUUAAUGUGAAUCCGUCAUGAAUUUCGUCUAGGACGACGAAAAAUUCAACGAGCAAAGGACAAAAGGACGUCGCAACUGCGCCAAAUGUCAAAGGAACCCACGACAAAAGCACCGCUCGAAGACGUCAUCAACGAAAGCCGUCAAGCAACUAUCGAAUUACAUCGUCGUCGAAAAUAUUUGUUCAAUUUUUGCUGUUUAACCUGGAAGACAGACACAAUAAGAGACGUUUUUAGCGCGAUUAUGGCGGCCCGACCAAUUUCAACGAUCAAAGAGUUGGUGAGCAAACGCAGAAAACGCUACACACAAGAUGGAUUUAACUUGGAUUUGGCAUAUAUUACGCCAAAUGUCAUUGCCAUGGGUUUCCCUGCCGACAAGCUAGAGGGUGUGUAUCGGAAUCACAUCGACGACGUCAAGCGUUUUCUCGAAUGGAAACACAAAAAUCAGUAUAAAGUUUAUAAUUUAUGUUCCGAACGAAAGUAUGACUUGUGUCGAUUUGAGCGUGUCGAGCGAUAUCCCUUCGAUGAUCAUAAUCCACCAAAAAUUCAGUUGAUUAAAGAUUUCUGUGAUGACGUCCACAAAUGGCUGAGUGCCGACGAGAAAAAUGUCGCUGCGGUGCAUUGCAAAGCCGGCAAGGGACGUACGGGCACGAUGAUUUGCUGCUAUUUGUUGUACAGCGGACAAUUUAAGACAGCUGCCGAUGCCCUCAAUCACUAUGCACAAAAGCGAACGCACGACGAAAAGGGUGUCACGAUCCCGAGUCAGCGACGUUACGUCGAAUACUAUUCGUAUUUGCUGAAAUCUGGGAAGCUUUAUAAUCCAAUUGCAUUACAGAUAUGCGAAAUAAAACUGUCACCACCGCCAAUAAUCAAUAGUCACCAGGGAACAAUUUCAUAUAGUAUAUCAACGUCAAGUAGUAAAAAGCAUUGUGCACAAGGUCCACAAUUCAAUAAGCAAGAUAGCUGUGUUACGAUCCGCUUGGAUGUCUGUAUUCCCCUCGAUGGAGACAUUAAUGUGGAAUUUUUCUUGAAUAAAAUGCUGCGGAAGCAGGAUAAGUUGUUCCACUUUUGGUUCAAUACAUUUUUCGUGGAUGAGCUUGCAACAGUUUUACCGAAUGGAAAUUUGAGCUAUAAAUUGAAAAAGCACGAGUUGGAUACGGCGCAUAAGGAUAUGAAAGAACAUAAAAUUUAUUCCAAGGAUUUUGAGGUUGAAGUGAUCAUGCAAAAAAUCACUCGAGGACCAUUUUCGACGCCGCGCUCCACAGUCACGGACAACAAUACAACAAAUCAAAAUAACUACAACAGCAACCAUCAUAUACUCACGCCGCAAAAUAACUUACCGACAAACGGUCAGUCGCUGUAUCACAACAACGCGUCGCAGUAUCGGCACCAAAACAACAUCGCCUACAACAAUCAUCAUUUGGCGCAUCGCGGUGGCCCGCCCGCCAUCGCUGUCGGCGGUCCCUGCAGCACGGGCGGCUACGAUCAAGUGGACAAUGCGACGGCACCGCGUUCUGUGAUGACAAAUUCGCUUGGCGGCGACAUGCAAAUACCGUCCGAAGCAUCGGAAACUUCCAGCAGCUCGGAGCCCUCGAGCUCAAGUGAGGAAUGGGAAUCUGGUGAGUGUUGCGACAUGAUCAUUUCACGUAACAAUAGUAGUAAAGCUAUCAGUAGUUGUAACGAAAUUGCGCAAGCAAUGAUUAAUAAUCAGUUAGAAUGUGGUGUUAAGACUAUUUCUAGUUGUAGCAAUAAUGUUAGUGAUAACGUUGUCGUAGAAUUUGAUGAUCACGAUAAUAAUCAAGAUGAUGCCGAUAGUGCGACAAUGAUUCAUUUGGAUUUCGCGGAAGACAAGAAAAAGUCCGCGAAUCAUUACAACGACGACAAUUACUAUCUAGGAACUGGCCAUUCGUUAGUUACGGCAUCCGCGAUCCCCAUUUCCGCGUCCAAGCCACACGAAUCCAAGUCUGAAAAUCUCUCACAGUCUCCCUCAAAUACCCCGCCUUUCAUUAAAAUCCUUGCGCAACGCAAAAAAUUCAAAGCCAAGACGGCAGGCGCUACGGCAAGCACAACUCCAACCGGCAAAAAGAUCCGAUGGCUCGCCAACAUGAAAAGCGACCCCGAUUUUCGGGAAACUCUCAACAAAAAUGUGCAUUUUCGCCCGACGCAAACAACCACGGGUCUCAGUCCGUUACGCACGUCAAACGACAGUCUCAAUUCCGACUAUUAUUCGUCAAUUUGUGAUAAGCAGCUUUCGUUCGGGUCGCCCGCGAAGAGUCCCAGUGACUUUAUUCGCCUUGCCAAGGUGCACGAGCAUCGCGUAAGUAACGAAUGUCCCGAUAUCGUGGUGGCAACGAAGAAAAAAAUUACGCAAGAAUUCACGCCGCCGCCUCCGAACACCCCAACAACGCCCGGCGAAUCAUCGACUUCCAUUUUUGCGGCAACAAAAACAACGGAAGAUGACGAUUCGCGGAAAUCUUUCAAGCGAUUCUUUAAUUUUGCCCGAAAAGAACACGAUACUUCUCCGAUUCCGACGCCACAACCAACGCAGGAAAUCCCAAUCAUUAAAAUUACAAAUAAUGACGAAUCUGCCGCAACAACUAACACGAAAGCCAGUUCUAAUAGUAAAUUUAGUUUUCGGGAUUUACGAAAUGAAAUUCAGUCGGCAAUUAAGAUGCAUCAGACAAAUAACGAUAAUAAUCAUAAUAAUAAUAAAAGCAACGGUGAUAGUAAGAAAUCGAAGAAAGUGUAGAAUGUAAAAGUUGCAAACGUAUUUUAAAUGUUUUAAAAAAAUUAAUCGUACUACUAAAAAAAAA